UAUGGAAGAGGGUAAGAGUAAGAGUGUUAGAGAGAAGCAGAAGGUAGAGGAAGAAGAAGAAGAAGAUGGUGAUGAUGAGAUUAUCCUCAAGAGGAGAAUUUCUUCUCAUCCUUUGUACGGUCUGCUUAUUGACCAUCAUCUUCAUUGCUUACAGGCUACUGGAAUUGAUGGAAUAUUGGAGAGAAAUGAGAGGAUCGACCCAAAGCAACAACUUUAUGAUAUUCUCACUACUUCUAGCAAGCGGAAAUCAGAACUUGAUCAUUUCAUGGAAGCAUAUUGCUGUGCUCUAAGCAAACUGAGGGAGGCAAUGGAAGAACCACAGCAAGAAACAAGAGCUUUCAUCAAUACCAUGCACUCCCAACUCAGAGAUCUCAUCAACCCUUGUCCUUCCCCUAAUCAAUCUUCUGGAAAAGGAAAUGACUGACAAGCAGACAGCAAAGAUGGAAAACUGAAGAGGUAGAAUAAAAUAUAUCAAUGGAGGGUGGGUCAGUUUCUACAGUGGUGCCAUUUUUAACAGAGAGCAGAUAUAUGUUAGUGGGUAAAUUCAGUACUUCAACUUUUACCAUACUGCAUAUCAUUUCCUACCACCUCCAUAUCCAUUUUCACCAGCUAAUCUUCUGCUUGUUACUUAGUAAAUGACCAUUUUGUAACAUUCUCAA